UUUCUUAACCACAUAUCGAUCAUAGAUCUCCAUCUCGUUCUUUAAAGUUCAAAACUUUCCUCCUCUUUUCCUCUCAAAUCUGAAUCUAAGAGCAGACUCUGUUUCUGAGUCUUGUUUGCCAUGCGAGAAAAUAUGAUCGUCGAGAAAGAAGUUCUGGGUUUGAGUCUCAGCUUGAGUUUUCCUCAGAACCCUUCUUUGCAUCUCAACCUUUCAUCGUCUUCUCCAUCCGGGUUAACCCUUCAGAAACCGGUUUGGAACGACGCUACUCAUGGUUCCGGGCUUUUGCAUGCAGAUCUCAACUCGGAAUCUAGCCGGCCGGAGAUGAAAUCCUUUCUACGAGGAAUCGAUGUGAACAGAUUGCCGUCGACGGCGGAUUGCGAUGAGGAAGCAGGAGUCUCGUCCCCAAACAGCACGAUUUCGAGUGUAAGUGGAAAGAGAAGCGAGAGAGACGGUGGAGAGGAGCACGAACUCGACAGAGCCUCCUCUCGCGGCAUCAGCGACGAGGAAGACGGCGAUACUUCUAGAAAGAAGCUCCGGCUUUCCAAAGAUCAGUCAGCAAUCCUAGAAGAAAGCUUCAAAGAACACAACACUCUCAAUCCAGUAACAGUUUUCGUUACGAGAUUCACUCACUAUUUUCAGAUGGGUGACGCGAGUCGGAUUCGUGGUUUUCCAAGUUUGUUAAGAGCAAAAGGUGGAGUAGAACUUAGGUUAUCCCCGAUCCUCGGCGAUUCCCCAGGGUCUAAGAAUUCCUCCUCAGCGUUUCCAAUUUCUGGAAAGUUUUCUCAUUUUCCGAUUUCAUCCAUCAUUCAUCACACUGCCACCGUUUCCGCCGCCUUCCUACCUUCCGAUCAACCCUCCUCUGCCUUAAUAUGGUCUUGGUUUCUUCCAGAAAUCGCUAUUCUGUAAUUCGACAAUUGAUUCCUACCUUUCUCCUUUGCUGUUGCUCAAAUUCGGGGGAUUAGGGUUUCUGUUUGAGGACUCUGAAAUUUUCCUUAUUGUUGUGUCUUGUUAUAGAUAAAUUAGGAGAUUAGGGUUUUUAUUUUUAUUUUUUUGCAUAUUUGGCUUGGCUAUAGAAGUGAUUUUUUUUUUUUUUUUCUGGGGCUAUGUGUAUUGAAGAAUUGAAAGGGGAAGAAGAGGGGGUAGAGAGAGUUGGGGAAGAUGAAAGUAGGAACCUUUGUUCAAAGGGCAGUGCUUUGGUCACCAAUCAUAGUGUUGUAAUAUUGGAUACUAAGAGAUUAUUGGUAGGGGCUGGGGCUCGUGCGUUAUUUUACCCAACCCUGCUCUACAAUGUUGUUAGGAACAAGUUUGAACCCGAGUUCCGCUGGUGGGAUAGGGUUGAUGAGUUUAUUCUGCUAGGUGCUGUUCCUUUUCCUUCUGAUGUUCCUAGGCUAAAGGAGCUUGGAGUUCAAGGAGUAAUCACUUUAAACGAACCAUAUGAGACUCUGGUCCCGACAUCGCUUUAUAAAAGUCAUGGCAUUGACCAUUUGGUGAUUCCUACACGAGACUACUAUUUUGCUCCAUCAUUAACCGAUAUACAGCAAGCAGUGGACUUCAUUCAUCGAAAUGCUUCUCAUGGUCAAACUACAUAUGUUCACUGCAAAGCUGGUCGUGGCCGGAGUACAACCAUUGUUUUAUGUUACCUGGUCCAACACAAGCAGAUGACACCUCAAGAUGCAUAUAGUUAUGUGAGGUCCAUAAGGCCAAGGGUGCUUUUAGCCCCUUGCCAAUGGCAGGCUGUUCAAGAAUUCUACCGUCUUAACUUGAAGGGCAGCAACAUGGCUGACCUGGUUAUAAAGACUCCAAAGUAUACUCAAGAUCUUUUGGCCUUCGAUGAAGGCUCUGUGGUAGUGGUAACAGAAGCCGAUCUUGACGGCUAUGAUCCAUCUCUUGAAUCUACUGCUGUUGGAAGUGAGAUAUGGGCAGAUUUAAGAAAGGUCGACCGAGUUAGGGUUG